AUGCUAUAUGUUCAGGUAUUCUCCCUGGCCUAUAGUUUUCUCCUCCUGGAGGAUGAGCAGGCAUCUCCGAAGCAGGAUCUGGAAACUCAGAGCAGGACCUGCAUGUAUCAGGAUCUGGAGGCUCAGCAGGUAGUUCUGGAGCAGGAUCUUGGAGCCUCGGGACCCAGUCCUACAAGAAGGAUCUGGAGGCCUGAGGCAGGCUAUCUUGGAGAAGGAUUUGCCACAAGCUUAGGAGCCAGUCCUAGAAACGGAAAGCAGCAGAAACCGGCAUGUUCAAGAUCUGCAGGUCUGAGCAAGCUUGCAGACGGUCUAACUGGAAAGAUUCUAAUGGGAUUGUUAAUAGUGACCCCAUUGGCCGGCUCAGAAUUAUUUGCUCUAACUGGAAGCCUUCUGACAUCAUUGUUAUCAUCAGGAUUUCUCCUCGGUGCAGGAUUGUCUAAUCUAUGGGACAAAAUGAAAAACAUAUGGUCAAAUCGUAAGAGUCAAUUUAGCAAAACGACGUCUGAUGUUUGUGAUAAAAUUGACAACACAUGCUCAAACCAUAUCCAAAAGGUGGACAAAGCAUUAUCAGGUCCAGUAGGAAAAGCUUUAGAAACUUACACAAUUCCCUUUCUGGUCUUCGUAAAAUUAGUAGCUCUUAUUGGAGAUCUUCUUUUAGCUUUGUUACUGUUGGUUCUUCUGAUCAUCACGGCAUUAUGUGGUGUAAGUAGAAAUGUUCUCAUAGGGUUGAUAAUUGUGGCCCUUCUGGGCUGUGCAAAAUUAUAUGGAAACCGUGAACAUUUGACUAAACAGCUUGAAAAACUUACCAUGUUUGAAAAAUGUAAAAUGGCUUAUAAAUAUAUCAAACAAUUAAGUAAAGUAGUGCCUCAAAGGCGUGUGAUAAUAUUGUUGAUAUCGGCUGCUCUAAUUGUUGUAGAAUUAUUCAAUCUAAUGUCAAGGCUGUUAACUCUAUGUUAAACAUUGGCCCUUCUUGGCGGCACAGCAUUAUGAGAUGUGCUGCUUCUAUCCUGAUGGAAUACAAGGAUCAUACAAAAAAAUACUGUAUACGUGGUUGAUUUUCAUUCAGAACAUUAUUGAGCGAAUGCAUGUGUAAUUUUAUCACUUUUUAUAUUUUAUAACAACAAUAAUACUAUAGAAAUGAAUAGGGGCAAACACAAGGCUGCAUGCAAAGGCCCAGAUUCAGUUCAGUGAGAAAAACUUUCACGUGAAAUUCAAUGAAAUUCAAUUUGUGUAGAAAAAAAAUGUUUCUCCUAAUUCAGUUCCAAUUUUUUCCCCAUUGAUUUUAAUACAGUCUUUGGCCAGAUUCAAUUCAUUGAGAAAAAGUUAUCUCAUCAUGGUUUAUCACAGGAAAAUGCACGGCCAAUAUUCAAUUUGAGAGGAAAAACUUCAGUUCCAGUUUUCUUCCGAUAGACUUCAGUAGAGUUUUUACGUGGUAAAAAGUGAGAUACGUUUUUCAGAUUCAAUUCAUUGAGAAAAAGGUUUAUCACGUGAAAAUUCAUGGCGGACAUUCAAUUUGAGCUGCAAUUUAAUUUUAAUUUAAAUCACAUGAAAGGCCAGAUUCAAUUUGUGUAGAAAAAAAAUGUUUCUCCUAAUUCAGUUCCAAUUUUCCCCCCAAAAAUUUUAAUACAGUUUUUGGUCAGAUGCAAUUAAUUGAGAAAAAGUUAUCUCAUGGUUUAUCACGUGAAAACUCAUGGAUGAGAUUCAGUUGGAGGAGAAAAUGUUUCUCCUUAUUUAGUUCCAGUUUUUUACCCAUAGACUUCAAUAAAGUUUUCACAUGGUAAAUAGUGAGAAAUGUUUUUCUGAAUUAAUUUGCAUCUAAAAUUGAAGAGAACUUUAUGUUUUUUUAUAUUAUUUCUUCAGUAAAUCUGCGCCGGUUCUUAGGGCGCACGCGGCGCGCCUCCUUGUAAUUUAAAGGCGCACUGGCGUGAUAACGCCAGCAUGCAAUGGCGCGAAAUUUAAAAGUAUUUAAAGGCACAUUUUCUUUUUACACACUGCCCGUUAUAGGUUUUGUUACCUUGUGGUCUUUGAGCUUUGUGCUGUUCUGAAUCAUGAUCUGAUCCUGUACUUUGACCCCUGCCUGAUUAUAGAUUAUCCUGAACUCUAGUAUCCUGACCCUUGCCUGAUUACCGACUACCUCUUUUGCUAAUCCCUUCUGAUUGAUCAAAUGGUUUGACUUUUGCCUGCCUGACAACUCUUGUAUUCUGCCUGCCCAGACCCGGCUUGUUCUGACUACGAUUCCGUCUCACGCCUUGUACAGUGACCUUUGGCCCAAAGACUUUGCUAUCCGGUUGUGCCCCUCUGCUUGUCUAGAACCCCUCGCCUUGCACCUCUUGUUUUAAGACCUGGCGGCAUCUGAGUAGCCGAGGGCUCUUCCCUCCUCGCUGCUACAGGCAGAGGCACGAGCCGAGACCAGGGUGCUUGGCAUCGGUUCUAGAUUUAGGGUGCCAACCGUUACAAUUAGAAGUCACCGAGGCGUUCCAUGACCGAAAUUAGUAUUUGUAGUUACUAUCAGUUUUAAAUAAGGAAUCAGAUGUCAUACUAUUUUCCAUGUAUAAAUAUUUUAUUUUUGUAGUCAUAGAAGUCAAAUUGUAUAGCAGUCAAUUGUACUUAUUAAAGUCUAUUAAAGUGCCUUCUAGACUGAGAAGAUAAUAAAUGGUAAAACAAUA